UGUAUAUCGACCAGCAACAGAACACUCCCGUUAAUAAUCGCGAUGCUUAGACUCUGUAAUACAAUGGCCUUCCCAAGGGGGAGCUCUGGCGACCCAUGGGUCGGAGAGGGCUUGCUUGAUGAUGUUGCCACGCAUUAUUCACUCUGCAGCGCCACCCCUGCGCACUGAGCGGAGAACGACACAGAAAUGCGGAGAGAGAGUCUGCCCUUGUUCACGCACUGCUGACUCAAUUGGAAAGAUCUGGCUCCAGUGCUCACAAAUGUGGCCCCAAUGAUUGGCUCUGCGAGCGUGUUCGACAGGCUUCGGUGUCUGGGGAACUCUGGAUCAGUGUUUACGAGUGGUCUACUGUAUCCCUGUCCCCUCAUCCUGCUCAUUCCGAACUCCUUCUUUCGCUUAUAAUCGUCAUCUCCUUCUUUUCGUCUCCAACUUCUCCUUCGUCUUCUGGUUUCACUUCCCUCUCUCCCAUCCGCUCCUUUAUCCAUCACAUCAUCACCAUGGCAUCUGCUGCUAGAUCCGCAUCUCGCGCUCUCUUGCGCUCCUCCUUCAGACCUGCUGUCCGCAGCACUCGCUCCGCUCUCCCUCAGGGCUUCCGCGCUGGUUCUCGCCGUGGCUAUUCUUCCGAGGCAGAGCCCCCCAAGUCCUCCAGCAACACCCUCCUGUGGGCUGGUCUCGCCGCUGCAGGUGGUGCUGGUGCAUACUUCUACCUGAAGGGCGCCGACAGUGGCAUCAACUCCGCGAACUUCACCCCUACCCAGGCCGACUACCAGAAGGUGUACGAUGCCAUUGCUGAGCGUAUCGCCAACGAGACCGACUACGAUGACGGCAGCUACGGACCAGUUCUCGUCCGUCUCGCCUGGCACGCAAGUGGCACCUACGAUAAGGAAACCGGCACCGGAGGUAGCAACGGCGCCACCAUGCGCUUCGCCCCCGAGUCCGACCACGGUGCCAACGCUGGUCUCAAGCACGCUCGUGACUUCCUUGAGCCUAUCAAGGCCAAGUUCCCUUGGAUCACCUACUCCGAUCUCUGGACUCUAGCCGGCUCCUGUGCCGUUCAGGAACUCGGCGGCCCUGCCAUCCCUUGGAGACCUGGUCGUCAGGACAAGGAUGUCGCAGCCUGCACACCCGACGGCCGGCUCCCCGAUGCCGCCAAGGACCACGUCCACAUCCGUGAUGUCUUCGGCCGCAUGGGCUUCGACGACCGCGAGAUGGUUGCGCUGUUGGGCGCCCACGCUCUUGGCCGUGCUCACACCGACCGCUCCGGCUUCGAUGGACCCUGGAACUUCAGCCCUACUGUCUUCACCAAUGAGUUCUUCCGCAUGCUUGUUGACGAGAAGUGGGAGAACCGCAAGUGGAACGGGCCUGCCCAGUUCACUGACAAGACUACCAAGACUCUCAUGAUGCUUCCUACCGAUAUUGCCAUUAUCAAGGACAAGGGCUUCAAGAAGCACGUCGACCGUUAUGCAAAGGACAGCGAUGUCUUCUUCAAGGAGUUCGCCGAUGUCUAUGUCAAGCUUCUCGAGCUCGGUGUUCCUUUCACCAGCAAGCCUGAAGACCGAUUUGUCUUCAAGUCCUCCGAGUAAAGGAUGAAUACCGGCUUUCAUUUAGCUAUCUGAUUACGGUUUCGGUUUUGUUUGAGUUUUGUCCCUGUUCAGCCGUCAUGGAGUACUUCUGACAUCUACAUACUCCUGUUUUUCUUUUCUUUUCUUUUUUUGUUGUGCCAAAUUUUCGAUAUCCGACUCUUAUCGUCACCAUUACCUGAAUGUUCCAGGCCUUCAACGCUGAAUCGUUGGGCCUUUCCACUAGACUGUACUACUAUAGCAUAGAUUUCCUGCUAGUGGUGCUAGACAAUAUAUCAAGAAUUUCCUUCAUCCUUCUUCCUGAAAUGUAGAAAUCGCGCGCUGUAUGAGAGAGUCAAAGGGAAUAAAUAAACUUAAAG